AUGGACAAGCGACAAGUCUUUUGUAGCUCUUUGGGACAGGAAGCUGACAGAGCGUGGGAUGGAUCCAGUAUCUCGGAAGCACAUUCAGACAGUUUGAGAAGCAGCAGCAGUGUGUUUUCUGAUGACUCAUACCAGCCCAUUUCAGGGGAGGACUGCGCAGAACUUCUGCUGGCUUGUCUGCAUUGUCGCUUCCAUGAGCUCACGCACCUGCUGGUGGACACUUUUAAUCGGGCUGUCGGGCACUUAUUUCCUUCAAUGAGUCACAUAGCUGCAUCCAAUGAAAAUGACCACUACGGAUGGGAGUGCUGGACCUGCAAUUUGGAAUUGGACUGGGACUGCUGCGGCCCCUGUCAGGAUACAGCAGAACUUCUUGAGUUGGCCAUGGAGGUAUCUGAAGUUUGCUAUCGCUGA